AUGGAUCAUGAACGUGGCAAGGGGAGGAAACCGGAGAAGCGCAGUCCUGGCGCGCCCUCGAUAGUGUCGGCAAGGUCGGACGAAGAGGCACUGUUUCCCAUACAGCCGGUCUACGAUGGGUUUCCGGGGUCGAUGGGAUACGAAGAUGUUCGCUCGCUACAUUCUCUCACCAGCCACUCUCACUCACCAACAAACGGCCAUCACUCGCCGACAGCACCCCACCAAAACAGCUACUGGUCGCCGCCGCAGGAACGAAGCAUGGAGGCAGAUGAACUCGCCGCUGCUCGUCUGAAAUCACAACACAACACAGCCAUCCCCCCGGUCAUCUCAUACGGCCCUAACCCCGUUACCCCAACAUUACCACGACCUACACCACGAGUAAUAGAACUAGAGAGGAGGACCUCUCCCCACAGCUCACCAGACAGCAUAGCAGCCGUCCCGGUGGUACCAGUAAUGCCGAUCGUGCCUGAUUUCCCAGAAUAUCCCAAUUACACGGGCUACAGCAUCCCGGCCCCGGCACCAGCAGCAGUCCCACCCAGGCCAUCAUCAAUACCCGAACAACUACCACAUCCGCACCCCUCCCCACCGCGACAUACUGUGUCGCCCAACGCCGUCACAUCUUAUGGUCCCAACCGAGUAACACCAACCCCACAAGUGGUCUCCCCCACCGUCCCCCCAGACGACACCAUGAUCAACCGCCGCUACCAAGAGCAAACCUACCACGAACCAAACUACCCAGAACAGCAGCCCCCCUACCAAGUCCCCGCGAUCGCCGAGGUAUCAGAACAAAACCACGACCGAAACGAUUACCACCACCACCACCACGAACGCCAAUUCUCCUGGGACGAAUCCCCCCUCCUCGGCGCCUCCUCACCCGUAGGCGGCCUCCCCCCUUAUGCCUCCCAGAUCGAGUUCGAAGCCAUGACCAAGGGAGCCAUCCGCAACAUGCCCGAACCCCAAGCCGGAGCGGAACUACCCCCCACAAAGGACGGGUACUACCCCGAAUUCCACCCCAUGACGCAGGUUGAGCUCCCGGGCGAGGCACCCCAGCUGCCGUUCCAGGUCUACAGCGUGCAGCAGCAGGACUCUUCAUCUGGGAGGAGGGGGGCGGGGGCGGGGGCGGGGAUGGUGGUGGCGGAGCAGAAGGUGCUGAUUUCGGCGGAUUUGUUUUCGGAUGCGGACAUGAGGUUGUUUAUGGAGCAGAAGGCGAAGGCGAGGGAGAAGAGGAGGAGGGAGAUGGAGAUGGAAAAGGGGGAGGGGACAGCAGAAGGUAGGUAA